GGAGGCGGCGGCCGCGGCAGCGGGAGGCGGCGGGAGGAGGGCGGAGGAGGAGGCGGAGGAGGCGGGAGCUGAGCUGAGCGGGGCGGGCGGGCGGCGGCGGGGCCCGAGCCCGAGAAGAUGGCGGUGCGGAAGAAGGACGGCGGCCCCAACGUGAAGUACUACGAGGCCGCGGACACUGUGACCCAGUUCGACAACGUGCGGCUCUGGCUAGGCAAGAACUACAAGAAGUAUAUACAAGCUGAACCACCUACCAACAAGUCCCUGUCUAGCCUGGUUGUACAGUUGCUACAAUUUCAGGAAGAAGUUUUUGGCAAACAUGUAAGCAAUGCACCACUCACUAAGCUGCCGAUCAAAUGUUUCCUAGAUUUCAAAGCAGGAGGCUCCCUGUGCCACAUUCUUGCAGCUGCCUAUAAAUUCAAGAGUGACCAGGGAUGGCGGCGUUAUGAUUUCCAGAAUCCAUCACGCAUGGACCGCAAUGUGGAAAUGUUCAUGACCAUUGAGAAGUCUUUGGUACAGAAUAAUUGUCUGUCUCGACCUAACAUUUUUCUGUGCCCAGAAAUUGAGCCUAAACUGCUAGGGAAAUUAAAGGACAUUAUCAAGAGACACCAGGGAACAGUCACGGAGGAUAAGAACAAUGCCUCCCAUGUUGUGUAUCCUGUCCCAGGAAACCUAGAAGAAGAGGAAUGGGUACGACCAGUCAUGAAGAGAGAUAAGCAGGUUCUUCUGCACUGGGGCUACUAUCCUGACAGUUAUGACACAUGGAUCCCUGCAAGUGAAAUUGAAGCAUCUGUGGAAGAUGCUCCAACUCCUGAGAAACCUAGGAAGGUUCAUGCAAAGUGGAUCUUGGACACAGACACCUUCAAUGAAUGGAUGAAUGAGGAAGACUAUGAAGUAAAUGAUGACAAAAAUCCUGUCUCCCGCCGAAAAAAGAUUUCAGCUAAGACAUUGACAGAUGAGGUAAAUAGCCCGGAUUCAGAUCGACGAGACAAGAAGGGGGGGAACUAUAAAAAGAGGAAGCGCUCCCCCUCUCCUUCACCAACCCCAGAAGCUAAGAAGAAAAAUGCUAAGAAAGGUCCCUCAACACCUUAUACCAAGUCAAAGCGUGGCCACAGAGAAGAGGAACAAGAAGACCUGACAAAAGACAUGGAUGAGCCCUCUCCAGUUCCCAAUGUAGAAGAGGUGACACUGCCCAAAACAGUCAACACUAAGAAGGACUCAGAGUCAGCCCCAGUCAAAGGAGGCACCAUGACUGACCUGGAUGAACAGGAGGAUGAAAGCAUGGAAACCACGGGCAAGGAUGAGGAUGAAAGCAGUACGGGGAACAAGGGGGAGCAGACCAAGAAUCCAGACCUGCAUGAGGACAAUGUGACUGAACAGACCCACCACAUCAUUAUUCCCAGCUAUGCUGCCUGGUUUGACUACAACAGCGUUCAUGCUAUUGAGCGGAGGGCUCUCCCUGAGUUCUUUAACGGCAAGAACAAGUCCAAGACUCCAGAGAUCUACCUGGCCUAUCGAAACUUCAUGAUUGACACUUACCGACUGAACCCCCAGGAGUAUCUCACCUCCACUGCCUGCCGCCGGAACCUGGCAGGUGAUGUCUGUGCCAUCAUGAGGGUCCAUGCCUUCCUAGAACAGUGGGGUCUUAUUAACUAUCAGGUGGAUGCUGAGAGUCGACCAACCCCAAUGGGGCCUCCACCCACCUCUCACUUCCAUGUCUUGGCAGACACACCUUCGGGGCUGGUACCUCUGCAGCCCAAGACUCCACAGGGCCGCCAGGUUGAUGCUGAUACCAAGGCUGGGCGGAAGGGCAAAGAGCUGGAUGAACUGGUGCCAGAGACGGCUAAGGGCAAGCCAGAGCUGCAGAGCUCUGCUUCCCAGCAAAUGCUCAACUUUCCUGACAAAGGCAAAGAAAAACCAACAGAUAUGCAGAACUUUGGGCUGCGCACAGACAUGUACACAAAGAAGAAUGUCCCUUCCAAGAGCAAAGCUGCAGCCAGUGCCACUCGAGAGUGGACAGAACAGGAGACUCUGCUUCUUCUGGAGGCCCUGGAAAUGUACAAGGAUGACUGGAACAAAGUAUCUGAACAUGUGGGAAGCCGUACACAGGACGAGUGCAUCUUGCAUUUUCUUCGCCUUCCCAUUGAAGACCCAUACCUGGAGGACUCAGAGGCCUCCCUGGGCCCCCUGGCCUACCAACCCAUCCCCUUCAGUCAGUCGGGCAACCCUGUUAUGAGCACUGUUGCCUUCCUGGCUUCUGUUGUUGAUCCCCGAGUCGCCUCUGCUGCUGCAAAGUCAGCCCUAGAGGAGUUCUCCAAAAUGAAAGAGGAGGUACCCACAGCCUUGGUGGAGGCCCAUGUUCGGAAAGUGGAAGAAGCAGCCAAAGUGACAGGCAAGGCAGACCCAGCCUUUGGUCUGGAAAGCAGCGGCAUUGCAGGAACCACCUCUGAUGAGCCUGAGCGCAUAGAGGAAAGCGGGACUGAUGAGGCACGGGCGGAGGGCCAGGCUGCAGAUGAGAAGAAGGAGCCCAAGGAACCCCGAGAAGGAGGAGGGGCUAUAGAGGAAGAAGCAAAGGAGAAAACAAGUGAGGCUCCCAAGAAGGAUGAGGAGAAAGGAAAAGAAGGUGACAGUGAGAAGGAGUCAGAGAAAAGUGAUGGGGACCCAAUAGUUGAUCCUGAAAAGGAGAAAGAGCCAAAGGAAGGACAGGAGGAAGUGUUGAAGGAAGUGGUGGAGUCAGAAGGGGAGAGGAAGACAAAGGUGGAGCGGGACAUUGGUGAGGGCAACCUCUCCACUGCUGCUGCCGCUGCCCUGGCUGCUGCUGCAGUGAAGGCCAAGCACUUGGCUGCUGUUGAGGAGAGGAAGAUCAAAUCUUUGGUGGCCCUGCUUGUGGAGACCCAGAUGAAAAAAUUGGAGAUCAAACUCCGGCACUUUGAGGAACUGGAGACGAUCAUGGACCGGGAGCGAGAAGCACUGGAGUAUCAGAGGCAGCAGCUCCUGGCCGACCGACAAGCCUUCCACAUGGAGCAGCUGAAGUAUGCGGAGAUGAGGGCCCGGCAGCAGCACUUCCAGCAGAUGCACCAACAGCAGCAACAGCCACCGCCAACCCUGCCACCAGGCUCACAGCCCAUACCCCCGACAGGGGCUACUGCUGGGCCACCCACAGUCCAUGGCCUGGCUGUGGCUCCAGCUGCUGUGGCCCCUGCUCCUGCUGGCAGUGGGGCCCUUCCUGGAAGCUUGGGUCCUUCUGAACAGAUUGGGCAGGCAGGGUCAACUGCAGGGCCACAGCAGCCACAACCAGUUGGAGCCCCCCAGCCUGGGGCAGUCCCACCAGGGGUACCCCCCCCUGGACCCCAUGGCCCCUCACCGUUCCCCAACCAACAAACUCCUCCCUCAAUGAUGCCAGGGGCAGUGCCAGGCAGCGGGCACCCAGGCGUGGCGGGUAAUACUCCUUUGGGUUUGCCUUUUGGCAUGCCGCCUCCUCCUCCUCCUGCUCCAUCCAUCAUCCCAUUUGGUAGUCUAGCUGACUCCAUCAGUAUUAACCUUCCCCCUCCUCCUAACCUGCAUGGGCAUCACCACCAUCUCCCGUUCGCCCCGGGCACUCUCCCCCCACCUAACCUGCCUGUGUCCAUGGCGAACCCUCUACAUCCUAACCUGCCGGCGACCACCACCAUGCCAUCUUCCUUGCCUCUUGGGCCGGGGCUCGGAUCCGCCGCAGCCCAGAGCCCUGCCAUUGUGGCAGCUGUUCAGGGCAACCUCCUGCCCAGUGCCAGCCCACUGCCAGACCCAGGCACCCCCCUGCCUCCAGACCCCACAGCCCCAAGCCCAGGCACAGUCACCCCUGUGCCUCCUCCACAAUGAGGAGCCAGCCAGCCAGCCAUCUCUCCCCCUCACCCCCCAUGGAGAUCACGGUUCCAGGAACAGCCCUUCCCCAGUACUGGGACCCUCCCCCAACCUGGAGAUUUCAUCACUACGUAAGGAAAGCUCCUCCUGCCCCUCCACAGCCCCCAUCAUGCCUGGCAGAGGCAUGCACUUUUAUAUUGGAUUAUUCAAGGACUUCUGUUUAAAAGAUUUUGUUUCUAAUAUCUGGGAGAGAGGAUAGGUGGGAAUGCUGCCCUUAAAGGCAAGGCUGGGGAAAGGUGUUUAUACAAGGUUCUACUUAACCACUUCUAAGGGUGUACCCCCUACAAAACUACUGCAUUUUUUAUGGAUAAAAAGGAAAUUAAGCCCUUUAAAAGAAAGUAGAGAGAUUUAAAAAAGCCACAUUGGAGCUUAACUUCAGUCUACUAAAAAAGCCAAUUUUUACAUUUUUUUGAGGGGAGUUUAACAAUUUUAAGAAAGGGGAAUUAAGAUUCUGGGGAAAGCUCUGGGGGUGGACUAGGGUACCAAGCCUAUCUCCCCAAGCCCCUUGGUAGUGCCGAGUCAGCUCCCCUCACCCACUCCACCCGUUCACUCAUACUAAUCUCUCCUGCUGCUUCCUCAUUGUUGCUGUUUUAGGCCACCCCAGCUCAGCCAAUGAUCCCUUUCCCUUUGAAUGUCAGUUUCGUGUUUGUUUUUAAAAGUCACCUGCUUAGUUCAUGUCAGCGUAUGUGUAUUUGGUGGGGAAACAUUAUUUUGGGGGGGAUUCCUGUGGUAGGUAAUAGAGGAAGAAAGGGCAUUAGAGACUAUUCUUCCUCCUUUCCCAUGGUGUAUACAUGAAUACCUAGGAGACAUGGAGAAGGGAGUUGUAAAAGGAUAGGGAGUUUUUAAAAACCUGAAAAUUUUAAAAAGCACUUAAGUACCUCCUUAUGACUUGGUGGGUCACUCCCCUAACCUCUGUCCUCUCCCACCAACACUGACAGAACCUCACUGAUAGCUGGUGGUUCCCCAAAUCAGAACACAGGUUUGGGAGCAGUGCAGCUUGGCUCUGCUCCCUGGAUUCCAGUACCUCCCCAUUCCAGUUCUUCCCCUCCUCACCUUUGAAUGGAGGCAAAUGGAUACCAGGCUCUAUACCAAUUCUUAGUCCCUCCUACCAGGCCCUUUGUUCCUCACGUCCCAGUGUUUCUUUUCCCCUGCGUCUUGGCACCUUUCUUCUGUUCAAAGUUUUCUGUAAAUUCUCUUUUCUUCCCUUUCUUCUUCUUCUUUUUUUUUUUAUUUUAUUUUAUAAAUUAAUUUGCUUUCAGUUCCAUCUUGUGGAUGCCUCUGUGUUCUCUUACCUGUGGCUGUCAGACAGGGGGAUCAGGCUGGGGGCAGCAUCGCAGGAGUGCUUUACAGGGUACUCACUGGUUUGGAAAGGCACUCUGCAAGCUGCAAGCUCACAGACUCUGGCCUGUCACUACAGAAGGCCAAAGGCACUGCUGUAGCAGCAGGGGCUCUCACCUUUUCUAAAAAUAGCUGUUUAGGACUUGGAAGGACAUCCCCACAACACAGAAAUUUUGUAUCUUUAUCCUUUCAGAAGUAGUGGCUCCAUUCCUUCCCUAAUAAGGGAGGAGGCAGGGCCUCACCUACUUUUGUUGUUACUGGCCUCCAGCCCUGCUGUUGUGACAGGCAAGCUCUGGCAGUGCUAAUAUGGCCUGGCUUUAGCUCCAGUAAACACUCCCAGGCUUCCCGACAAAAGGCCUCCAGUACUUGGGAGGGUGGGGGCUGGGUUCUAAGAAGCCUUCGGG